AUGGGUUGCGGAGCAUCCCGGACCAACGGGCCGGUCGCCGUGCAAGCGGGCGCAACCGCCGCUGUAGUCGUUGAGGACAAGACGCAGUCAUCUAAGCCCAACAAGGAUUUUUUCGAUGCCCCUGACCUGUCGGGCACGGCGUUGGUCAAAGCUUGGCCGGCUAAGGCUGAUGGCACAGUCUGUAUCCCUGAGAUAGAGGACCCGGAUUUCGGCAUUCCGGCUUUAAUUUCCGAGAAACUCCCUCUCGCUAUUUGUAUCAGCGGUGGCGGUUUCAGGGCUGCGACGCUCGGCCUUGGCUGGCUCCGCGGCCUCCAUAACCUUGGCGUCCUGGAGAAGGCCCAGUACCUGGUCACUUGCUCCGGUUCCUCUUGGCUUGCUUCUGCGCUGUGUUUCCAACGGGUGACAAGUACGGACGCGUUUUUGGGGCCCUAUCUGGCCCCCGACCAGUGCGACCUGGAGAAGCUAGAAAAUGUGGGUCCGAAGGGCCGUACCGCCGCCUCCGUUAUGGCGGAUGCGGAGCCCAUGUACGAUUACUUCAAGGAGGUGGCCGGGGGGUUAUUUGCCAGGGAGGAGGACGCAACCAAGCGGGCCCGGGCCUGGACGAAGGCUAUAACGGCUGCCUUCCUGGAGCCGUACGAGCUAGGAGAUACGGAUACAAGUACCGUCACGUGCUGCGGUACAAAGGUCAUGGUCCUUGCUCACGAGCGCAUCAUAUACUAUCCUCUGGAAUGGACGCCGCUGUACAGCGGCUGUCCUGUACGGCACUCCGAAACCAGGCCCAAGCUGGGCGCUGGCUGGGUGGAGACGAUGGGCCUCAAUGCCCUGCUGGUAGGCGAGCCCGAGCCAACCAGCUGCCCCACAGGUGCCGUACAUGUACGAGUCCGCGCCUGCGGACCCGCCUCACUGGGGGAAGCCACCGGUAUAUCCUCGUCGUACAUAUCCAUGCAACAAGCGAUGGCCAGGAAGAAGGCACCUAGGAUUCUAGGGUUCAACACCGCGCAGUACUUUGACUUGCAGGAGUGGCACUGCAGCAAUGUUGAGUUGUCUGACGGUGGCGCGGUGGACUACCACGCCAUCUACCCGGCAUUGCGGCGGAGGGUGCCAUCUAUCAUAGUGUGCUCCGCAACCAGGACGGAAGUGGACGACCCCACCUUCGCCUCAUACAUGAUGGAGUUGGCGGGGAUGUUCGGCUGCUGGCCGGGCCAACCGGAGGCCCCGGAACCCAACCUAGAAGAGUACAACAAAAUGCAGCAGGUGUUUCCCUCGGAGGGCUGGUCGGAGCUGUGCCAGGCUCUGAGGGACAGCAACCAGGCGGGGCUGCCUCCCGUACACGUCAACGAGUACGAGGUAAUGAGUAACUCGUCACUGGGCAUCUCUGGCGGUUGGCGUGUUCGGGUGAUGUGGGUCAUCAACCAGCGGCAGCCGGUGUGGGAGGCGGCACUACCCCAGGCCACCAGGGAGCGGCUGGAGAGCGACAGAAAGGGGCUGAUUGCCAAGGUGGAGGAGGCCCUCAACCCCCUGGAUGCCGACACCCUCCGUAUGUUUCCCCACGUCUCGACUUUCUCCAUGAACUACACCCCUCAACUGGUGGGCAUGAUGUCCAACCACGCGGCCUACAUGAUGAUGUCCAGCAAGUCGGCAGUGCAGGGGAUGGUGGCGGCGGCGGAGGCGGCCAGGGCGGCCAAGGCGGAGGCCGCGAAGGAGGAGGCAAAGGGGGGCACCAAAGGGGGAGGCGAAGCGGAGGUGGUAAAGGCGCGAGGGCCCCAGAAUGAGGUGGUGUGA